GUUCACAAUAGUAAUUGUUAUAGAACAUAGACAGUUUUUUCCUAAUUUCAUGACUUUUGAAGUAGGAACAUUUUGCUGCAACAAAUAUACCAUGCACUAGCCGGGUGAUUGAUUUAGAAAUGGAUCAGCAAAGUCAGGGGUAUCUCCAUCCUGAGCAAUGCUUAUAUUUGGGAGGCAUGACAAACUUCCCACCACCUGAUGUCCAGAUGGCAGCUGAUGCUUCAGGGAACACAACUAGUCUUGAUCCCCAUUCUUUACCCGAUCCCUAUGAUGGUUCCAUGUACUAUGGAAUCCCCCAGUACCCUGGUGUUCAGCACCAUCAUCCUCAUCCUCUAAAUCUUGAUCUUGGUGUUGGAACUGCAUCAGGCUUCUAUUUUCCUUACAUCACAAACCCAUCAUCCAGUAUUCCUUUGAACCAAGGGUCUGUGGACCACCUUCCAUCUUCCAGCAACUACUGCCCCCUUGGAAUUCCUGCUGAUGAAUAUGGAAGGAACUGUCACUUCAUGGAUAGUGCCAGAAACUCAUAUAAGAGGAAGACUACAGAAGGCAUCCAAGGAAAUUUCCAUUAUUUGAAUGCUCCAUCAGGCCCCAGUUCAUCGGUAAUGCCUUUAAAUACAAGGCAUCCUGAUGGCUUAGUUGAUGCUGCAUCUUUCACUCUUCCCCAAUACAGGGCAAAUGGUGCUCCUUCAAUUAGGGAGGUGGGACCUCACAGAAGUGUGAGGAACAGAUUAGGUGCUACUGCAAUAGAUCCUGUUCCAAUGCAUAACCAUAACCACUUUUUCCAAGGGAACUACAUGAAUCAGUCCUUUCCGCCAGCCAUGACAGAUGGAGGUGCUUCGUCUUGGGGUCAGGCUCAAGCUAUUUCUUUCAUGCAUGGGAGUAAUGUCAGUGGUCCUAGAGAAACAGGGCAUAGGACCUCCACAACCUUUAUUAAUUCUUCUCCCCUCAACCUUCGGCACCAUAACUAUCAGCCAUUGCCACCUCCCAUUCAAGGAGUGAGAGGUCACAGCAUUAAUGUUCACCCACAAGCAGCUGCAGUUUCAUAUCGCCUUCCAUCAAGUUAUGCCCCACAGAACAACCCGAUUAAUCCUUCACAGGAUAGUUCGGAGAUAGGGUCUAGGCAUCCAAGACAUAUGCCACCUAGUGGCCUUAGGAUUUACCAGUCUCACAGAGAGGGUGUUGCACCUGAGGCAUCUCAAAGACAUCGCAACCUUCCUUACCUGAGAGUUUUACCCCCAGAUGGAGUUGCUCUGCUAGAGUUUUCAGAGUUUUAUGAAGAUGCAGAUGAUAUUAUUGAUCAUCACAGAGAUAUGCGCCUGGAUAUAGAGGACAUGUCUUACGAGGAGCUGCUUGCACUUGGGGAGCAGAUUGGCAAAGUUAACACUGGGUUGUCAGAGGAAGUUGUUACAAGUAAAUUGAAAACAAAAACUUAUUUAGCAGCUGCAACAUAUAUAAAUCUGGAAGAGGAAGCACCAGUUGACCCAGAAGCUGAUUCUUGCAUUAUAUGUCAGGAGGAGUAUAAAAACCAAGAGAAGAUCGGAACUCUUGAUUGUGGGCAUGAAUAUCAUGCCGAUUGCUUAAAGAAGUGGCUGCUUGUGAAGAAUGUAUGCCCCAUCUGCAAAGCUGAAGCUCUGGCUACGUAAGUUAUAUUUUAAAUGGUUCGUGUUGGCCGAAUUAGUUGAAAAUAACUCCAUAAUGUCCUUUGACUAAUUCUAUUUUUCAUAACAAAAUCGGGAUAUAUUUUGCUAGGGAUUUUGUACAUGAACUUGGUCUAACACUCCCAGCAGUGUCAUAAUCAUUUAUUCGUUGACGUUGUAUGUAUCGAACAAUUGUACAUACCUUGUCAUCAUGCAGUUUCCUACUGUAAUAGUAACUCAGUUAAUAUGUCAUUCAUGGGUUUAUGUUUGCUUUUUCACUUUCUACCCCCAGCACUGUCUACUGGAUU